CUGAAGAAGAAGAAGAAGAGGUGGGCCGUUCUCUGUGGCCGCUCAGAGGGAACGUUCCUGGCCCAGCGGACGGAGGGGCUCCUCACACACUGUUCUUUGUGCUUCAUUUUCUCUCAAGCCAGACCCCAGCAGGCACCGUGGAGCCACAUCAGGACGCGAAGCAAGGAGAGGAUGUCUUCGGAACUGGGUGUUGAGCGGCCCACCAGCCUGGCCCUGUCUGAGGCUCAGGGGGUGGAGCGGAGGGUCCAUUUCAGUGAGGUGGAUCGGCCCCGCCUUGUAGCCACCUCCACACGGCAGUCUACCACCCCUACCACACCAAGCCCCAGGAAGCCGCGACAAGAUCCAGACUUUAAACCUAAGCGCAAGCGUUCGAUGAGCUUCUCAUUACCGGGGGAACACCGAUUUGGCAACAGAUGGUGGCACAAGCGAACACGGGUGCUGCCUUCCAAGUUUCUCCUGGGUGGCAGUAUCACGGACCCUCUCAACCUGGGCUCCCUUGACAAGGAGGAGGUUGUGCAAACCACAACAGAAACUCCAGCCACAGGUGGAGGUGGAGGCAGUGGAGUCUCCAAGAGGUCAGCAGCAGUGCGGGUGAUCAUUCCCCCAAACAUCAAUGACCCCCUGAACCUAGAUGCUUCGUCGGACAAUGAGGACUCCCACACUGAUGCUUUGCAGAGACAGCAGAGGCGGCGGAGGCGACGGAAGAGAAAGCGGCGGCUUUCUGAGCCAGCAGAUGGACCUGCUGGUCGGGAGGGAGAUGGAGAUGUGAGGCUGGAGGCAUUGCAGGCCAGGGCAAGUAGUGGCUCUCCCAGUCGACCUUCACAGAUUACCUUCAAGCCUCUCACCAUCAACACUGAUCUUUUUAGUCCUCCAGGUGUCAAUGAAAGCCGCAGGGAUAGCGGUGGAGGCCAGCCAGUAACCCCAACAGGUACCAAGGGAAGUGGCGGUGGCUCUGUGCAGCGGCCACCCUUUAAGAAGCAGCGCCACAAGUCUGACAAUAAAAUAGUGAGCCCAGUAAUUCCACAGCCAGGCGGAGACCGUAAGCGGCAUCCAAGCUAUUCAAGACAGUAUUCCGAGCGGCCACACCUCUCCCAGCAAAACCUUCAGCCUCCAAAGAGCUACAACUCAAAAAAUGAAUUGUUUCAGUACGGAAAUUACAAUAAAUACUAUGGCUACCGCAACCCUGACCAGGCGCCUGAUGUGCGGUUGGAGCACUUGAAACGCGAGUGGUUUGAGGGACGUGAUGUGCUGGACAUUGGCUGUAACAUUGGCCAUGUGUCACUGACGGUGGCUCGAGACUUCAACCCGAAACGUGUGGUGGGCAUUGAUAUUGAUAAGAAGCUAGUGAACAUUGCACAAAAGAACAUUAAGCAUUAUAUGCGUAAGGGUGAUGCUGAAGAGGGUAACUUCCCAAGGUCCAUGCGUCUUUUAUAUGGUCCACUGAAGCCUCCAGUGCAGGCUGAUGGGCAAAGGUCCUUUCCUCACAACGUUAAAUUUGUCCAUGGCAACUAUGUUUUGGAGUCUGAUGAACUGCUGGAGACGGUUCGGCCUGAGUUCGACUUGGUUCUGUGCCUGAGCAUCACCAAGUGGAUCCACCUCAACUGGGGGGACGCAGGUCUGAAGCGUUUCUUUAGGCGUAUUUUCCACAACCUUCGGCCAGGUGGACGUCUGGUUCUUGAGCCCCAGGCAUGGCCCUCCUACAAUAAACGCAGAAAGCUCACGAAACACAUCUUUGAAAACUACAAGAGUAUUCGCUUCUUCCCUGACAAGUUCAAUGACUUCCUAUUACAUGAGGUGGGUUUCAGCACCAGUGAAAAGCUAGUAACCCCCAACCACACCUCCCGAGGCUUCCAGCGACCCAUCAUUAUUUACACAAAGGCAGGCAGCAGCAGCAAAUCCAGCCCAAUGGGGGAGAGCGGUGCCACAACCACUGCCACCACAACCACCGCCACCACAACCACCAGUGCCACAGCCGUUACCCCAGAAGAUGAGGUCUUCACCAGUGAGGUAACUGGACAUGGGCCAGACCAAGUGAAGGGGAGGAGGGACACAAUGGGAAAGAGGAAGAGACAUAUAGAAAGUGGUGAAGGAGUGAAGGGAAUGCAGGAAUCACAACCCGCCCUCAAAGCACAAAAACACGAGCAGCAUCAACAUCAACAGCAGCACAAAAAGACCCCUUCUGUCUCUCAAGCAAAAGUACCUAAUUGUGGCAAGGCAGCAGCCAGCUCUCUUUCAUCCUCCUCUUCAGCCCCAGCACAGGAGGUGGAAAAACAAGUCUGUGAUAGUAGUGUUACUGACAACCUUGUUCUCAGGGUGGAUGGGGAUAAGGCAACUUCCACCACCACCACCACCACUUCCUCUCCCUCUUCUAACACUGACAUUCAUACUUCCAGUCCCACCAUUAGUACUACUACACUACCCAUUCCAAACAUCCCAACAACCAUGACCACUGGUUCUGUUCUGAGUACCUCCAGACAUUCCCCCAACUCCCUCUCUUCCUCUGCCAGCCAGGGAAGGGAAGACUCAAAAACUACUCCCCACACUUCCAGCCCCACCACGUCCCCACACUUGAACUGCAGCAAAAGCAAGGUAGUGGAGAUGAGUAUGAAGACUGUGGAAGACAGAAAUGAUAGCAAAAAGAUGACUGAAGAAAAGGGAGAAUGCAGAGACAGAGUUUCAGAGGAGGGGAAUUUAGCUCUCCCCACUGCCUCAUCUCCCACUUCUGUUAAUGAACGGUAUGGAGGAGAAAGCACUACCCACACCCUAGAAAAAAGGAAGACUUCUGGCUGUGAUGAAGAGGAGAAAACGAAUAAAAGAGUUAGACUAGAAGAUACCUGAAUUUAAGUGUAUGUAAAGAGGGGGUGGGGGGGGUGGGGGGAGUACAGCCAAUGGAGAGUAAUAAGAGGAAAUGUUAGGCUAUUUCUGUGUAACUUUUUUAAUUCCUCAUUGUUUUCCCUUCUCUUAUCUCUUGCCCAUUAUCAUUUCUUUUUUCAUUUGGUGUACAAAUAAGUUAAUGAUUUUCUUUGAUUAA